UCCUCCUCAUCCUCCGCGACCAACAUCAACAUGAGACUGAUCCUCCUGGUGGGCGCCCUCGCGGCUCUGGCCUCCGCCGUCCCCCGUCCCGACUCUCCUCCCGUCUACCACGCUCCUCACCCGACCUACAAGCAGCCAGGAAUGCCCUUCGACUUCAGCUACGCCGUCAGGGACCCCUACUCGGGCAACGACUACGCCCACGCCCAGACCAGCGACGGUCACGUCACCUCCGGAUCCUACAGCGUGGCUCUUCCCGACGGCCGAACCGAGAUCGUCGAAUUCACCGCCGAUCACGACAACGGCUACGUCGCCAACGUCGCCUACGAAGGAGAGGCCUCGUACCCCGCCCCCGCCCCCUACCAUCCCCCUCCAUCCUACCACCCCGCUCCCUCCUACCCUCCUCCCCCUCCCCACCCACAUCAAUAAAACCCAUCCAUCCUCAAAGCACAGACGGCUCUAUCAAAAGUUCCUUGCUUACAUAUCCAACAUCAAAGGAAGAAUAGUUUUCAUGUUACAUCCGCACCAUCAAAGCUCACGCCACAAGGUAAACAAACAUCUUUAGUAUCACGCACCUCAUUACCUUCACAGUGUCUAUUGCAACAACUGUGGACUUUGCGUGACCACAGAAUGGUUGUUUUUCCUUCCCUGUACGUCAGCUCGAGGGAGCUGCGAUACCUCUAACAUUUUGAUUUUAGUGUAUGUAAUUAUUGUCAUGCAAGAUGGAUAGGUCUUUUCCUCAUGCUAUUCUUGUAAAUAAAA